AUUUAGGUUUUUUUUCUUGCUUGCUUCUUAAGCAAAACCAAUCUAGUUUCUUUUUCUGCAGCAAAGGAGGUAGGAACAAACAACAAAUUAAUCAGACAGGAAGCGAAUAACCACAGAAGGACGUCUGCCUCUGACUCAGUAUGUCACGUUUAACAAGAGGCCAGAGCAUGUCCAAAAUGGCUGUCCAAAAACGACCCCACACUGGCGUUAGAAGAUGAUACCUUUUUCAGGGACAGUUUUCUCUCUUGGCUCCUGUCCCACUGGCCCUCUGUCUGCCUGUGUCCCUGACCAUGGCUCCCUGCAGUACCCUUUAACGAUUUAUCAGCAAGACUGUUGAACGCAUAACUGCCCAAGAUGCCUGUCCCUCCCCCUCCAGCACCCCCGCCGCCCCCGACGUUUGCACUGGCCAAUACAGAGAAGCCUACCUUGAAUAAGACAGAGCAGGCUGGGAGAAAUGCUCUCCUUUCUGAUAUCAGCAAAGGGAAGAAACUAAAGAAGACGGUCACCAACGACAGAAGUGCACCAAUAUUGGACAAACCUAAAGGAGCCGGUGCUGGAGGCGGUGGUGGUGGCUUUGGUGGAGGCGGCGGAUUUGGCGGAGGAGGUGGUGGCGGAGGCGGUGGAAGUUUUGGAGGGGGCGGACCUCCAGGUCUGGGAGGACUGUUCCAGGCUGGAAUGCCGAAGCUGAGGUCCACGGCCAACAGGGAUAAUGAUUCUGGAGGAAGCCGACCACCAUUGUUGCCACCGGGAGGAAGAUCCACAUCUGCCAAACCCUUUUCACCCCCAAGUGGCCCAGGGAGGUUUCCUGUGCCUUCUCCAGGCCACAGAAGUGGUCCCCCAGAGCCUCAGAGGAACCGAAUGCCGCCCCCAAGGCCCGACGUGGGCUCAAAGCCUGAUAGCAUUCCCCCUCCAGUACCCAGUACUCCAAGACCCAUUCAAUCAAGUCUGCACAACCGGGGGUCCCCACCAGUGCCCGGAGGCCCCAGGCAGCCCAGCCCCGGGCCCACUCCUCCCCCUUUCCCUGGGAACCGCGGCACUGCUUUGGGAGGAGGCUCAAUACGUCAGUCCCCCUUGAGCUCCUCCUCGCCCUUCUCCAACCGGCCUCCCCUGCCGCCUACCCCCAGCAGGGCCUUGGAUGACAAACCCCCUCCACCGCCUCCUCCAGUGGGCAACAGGCCCUCCAUCCACAGGGAAGCAGUUCCCCCUCCUCCUCCUCAGAACAACAAGCCUCCAGUGCCUUCCACUCCGCGGCCUUCCGCCUCCUCACAGGCCCCACCUCCGCCGCCACCUCCCAGCAGGCCCGGGCCGCCUCCCCUGCCUCCAAGUUCCAGCGGCAAUGACGAAACCCCAAGACUCCCACAGCGGAAUCUGUCCCUCACUUCGUCCACGCCCCCGUUACCUUCGCCAGGACGUUCAGGUCCUCUUCCUCCCCCGCCCAGCGAGAGACCCCCACCUCCAGUGAGGGACCCGCCAGGCCGAUCAGGCCCCCUCCCACCACCUCCUCCAGUAAGCAGAAACGGCAGCACAUCUCGGGCCCUUCCUGCCACUCCUCAGUUGCCGUCCAGGAGUGGAGUAGACAGUCCCAGGAGUGGACCCAGACCUCCCCUUCCUCCUGACAGGCCCAGUGCUGGGGCGCCUCCCCCACCUCCACCAUCAGCAUCUAUUAGAAAUGGCUUCCAAGACUCUCCAUGUGAAGAUGAGUGGGAAAGCAGAUUCUACUUCCAUCCGAUUUCCGAUUUGCCACCUCCAGAGCCAUAUGUACAAACGACCAAAAGUUAUCCCAGCAAAUUGGCAAGAAACGAAAGCCGGAGUGGAUCCAACCGAAGAGAAAGGGGUGCCCCACCACUCCCUCCCAUCCCGAGGUGAUCUUUGCCUGCUCUUCUCUACCCAAGCUCAAGAGCUGCUUCUGUUGCUAUCUAAGAACUGCAUACCCUCCUCCCCACUUCUUCCCUUGUGCCCCAUGUAUGGGCAAGAGGAAAGGUGGGAGGGGGAGUGGGAAUAUGCGUGUGUGGGUGGGAAUUGGUAAGAAAUGCGCCUAGCUUUUCAUAUUGUGUGUAUUCUCCAGGCUAUUGCUUGCUUCAGCUGCAGCCUGCCUGUGCUGGCUGCCGGGGUCGAUAGGCUUUUGUGAUAACAGGCACAGAUGAAUUGCAUCCCAGCUUUCCACCAACCAAAUUCAAACAUUCACUGCUUAUUUGCUACAGACUGUAAUUAUUAAAGUCCCUGAGAGCUGUUUUCUCCCGUUCCUUUUUCGCAUGCUUGGCCUCCCGUCUCUUUCUAUGAACCACAGACCACCUAAGCAAGCAGCUGAGUAAGGGCUCACAGGAAACUUUUGCAGUCACAGGAUGUCCAAUCUUUGGCAGUCCGAGCUCGGCUCUAGGACAGAGCUGUCCAACAGAAAUAUAAUGUGAGCCCCAUAUACAAUUUUUACAUUUCUAGUAUAUUUUAAACAAGUGAAGUUAAUAUGCAUCCAAAAUAUUUCAACCUGUAAUCAACAUAAAAUUUUAAUGAGAUAUUUUAUAUUAUUUUUUGGUACCGAAUCUUCAAAAUCCAGAGUGUAUUUCACACUUACCGCACAUCUCCAUUCAGACUAGUCACAUUUUUAAGUGCUCAGUAGCCACAUGUGGCUGGUGGCUACUGGAUUAGACAGCACGAAUCUGGAAGAUGGAAGCUAGUGCCGAAACCUUUUGUUUAAAAAACAAAAAAGGCAAAAUGGGCUUGAGCGAUUCAAGAGGCAACUAAAAAUAAAAUUAGGACCCAGCACCUUGUUUGACACACAGUUUGACCUUCGAUUUUCCUCCCUUAAUUUCCCUCUUCCCUUAAUAUCUGUAAACAAGUGUUGCUUCAAAGUACCAAGGUCAAAAAUUGAUUGAGUACGGUUUACUAAAGUCAUGUGGAAUAAAGCCAUUGGAAAGAAAUGGAAAGCCUGUCGGGACUUCCGGGCUCAGAACCAGCUGGCUCACGCGCUCACUUGUCAGUUGGACUUCUGCCUUGUGAAAUGGAAGCAGCCUUUGUUCCUCUCCGGCUGAGCAAGCUCCUGAGGCUGGGAGAGACUAGGAAGGCUUGGUAGGAGGGGAAGAAAGUCAGGAAAAGAUAUCAAAUCAGAAACAUGGAAGAAGAAGGGAACAGAUUUGAGUUGGUGGGCAAAACUCUAAAAAUCUAAAUCUGAUGCUUAUGUAAGGGUUGAGCGAAUUAGGGAGAUUGCUAGUGGAAAUUGGAGGGAAUCUGUUUUGCAUCAUUUGUCUAGGAUCUAUGCAAAUACAGCUCCAUUAAAGGACCAUAGGGAAGAGCCAGCCUUGCCUUUUCGUAUAUGAUUUUGUUUACAAAAUUUUACUGGGACUUUUAAAUCUAGCUAUAGAGUUGGGAAAAAAAUAUUUCCACUUAGAUAUUUUAUAUGGUUUUGUUUAAAAUUACCAUUACUUGUUUUUUAAAAACACAUGACCACAUAUGUAUAUGUAUAUCUACCUAAACAUUGUAUCAUGGUUUCAGUAUGUUAUUCAUGUAUUACUGGGAGAUGCUAACAAGAAACCAACCCAAAGAAAAUUCUGAAAAAUACAUUUCUAUUUAUAGAAUAAAUGUUUCAUUUAUAUAAAAGCAAAAGAACUUAAGAGUUCUAAUAAAUGGGAUGUCUAAUAAAUUAUGAAGUUACUAAUUUGAAUAUAUUAUAUUUUUAUAACUUCCUUGCCAAAGUCCUGAUUUAGUACAUUAGAGAACCUGUGUUUCCUCUCUCCUCUACCAUUCAUCUCUUUUCCAUACAGUCAUUUGGGCUUUUUACUCAAAGAGAAUCAAGAAAUAAUAAGGUAUAACAAGCUUGGCAAAGUGUUGGUUUUUUUAAAAAAAUUUUUUUAAAUCUCUAGCAGUUUGGUAAUUUGGCAGCAUCAUUUAUUUAGGAUUCUUUUAUCUGAUUUCAACAGUGAAAAACAUCCCUAUGAUAAAGCCUAAUGACCCAUUUCACAAAAGAUGGAGUUUGCCCUUCCUAGAAAAUAUGACGGGGGAAAGUCUGACUCAAAGAAAGUGGGUCUGAAUUUUAUAAGGGGUAGUAAGAAUUGGACAAUUCCUUUGCAUAUCUGAACUUGGCAGGUACCAUUCUAAAUUUGAAACAGGGUCAUAGCUCAAAGUUGCCAUUCAUCCAGAAUAGAGAUGUUUUAGAAUGUAGUGUUUAAGUGAAUGUUUCAUUAAUACACCUACACCCUUUCUUUGAAAGUUUGCAACCUAAUUGCAUCUAAAACUUUGAAUAAGUUCUGUGGUAAAAUCUUAAACUACGGAAAAUUACAAAAAUGAAUAUUUUCUUCCCUGAAAUCAGAGCUUACAUGUGUGUUUUUUUCAUAAAAUUUUCAGAUAAAUGUAUUCAACAUGUAAUACAGUAUUUUAACAUUCACCUCUUAUUUUAUAUUGAAAUGUAUUACAGUAUUAAAACUCAGUGUUCAGUAUUUAUUUCACUAUGCAUUUUAUUUAGUAAAAGCCAGGAGAAAUGUUUAAUCCAAUGGUGCCUUACUUUGUGAUUUAAAAGAAAUCAACUUUUUUUUUAUGUCUAAGUAGCAGAUUAUUUGCAUAUUUGUAAAAACUGUUAGGUCUUUAUAUUUUAAAUUGUAAUACCAGUUUUGUUAUUUUAGUAGCAGAAAUGGGAUGAUUUUUAAAGUUCCAAAAAAAUGUUGGCAUGAAAUUAAUUUUUCCCUCCUUCUAGUCAAGGACCGUAGAGGAAGAAAAACAUUUUUUUCAUACCAUGCCCUAGGUAAACAGACACAUUUUGCUAUCUGUGUCAUCAGGAUAGUGUAAAUGGUAGGGUAGAGACUACCCUAGACAUCUGCAUCUUUGUAAGUUAGCCAGACAAUAAAGAAAAGCAGAAUGA